AAACGAAAACAGUCGACGAGGGUCACAACUCUUCGGGCAUUGUGAACACUAACACCUGUAUAAUUGUAGGCUACUAGGUCUAGACAGAAGUAGCCUGACAAUCCGUCGAAACUUGUGUGCAGUCUCUCAGAGCAUCCGUUUUGUUUAUUCAGGUUUCUCGUCGACAUAAGCUUAGCAAAGAUUCUUUGUGGUGUAGUUCUAGUUUUAAAAACAUUGUCUAACAUGUAAAAUCCAAUAAUGUUAGACAGAAACAUGAAUAGCCAUAAGUUAGCUUUUUAUAGCAGUUCGAGUUUUGUUUCUUGUUCAGACUGGAAACAUCGUGGUCUGCAGGUGCGGUGGACCUCAGAGCAACGCAAAGCUUAUUGAGAGAGGUUCUAUGAAAAAACACUCACCAUGUCUGCAUGGAAUGAGUCAAAUGCUCGCUUUGACCGGGUCAGAGAUCCACAUUAUGACCAGGUGCCCAUCGGAUCACUUGCAAGGGACACAGAGCUGGCCCUGAGUGCAGACCCCCUCCCACCCCCGCCCCUUCCUUCGCACCCUCCGGUUGGAUCUGAGUUCUACCCAAGUGACACAGAGGACGGCCACGACGACGCCAUGGACAUCAAACCUGUCCAUCGUUUCCUCCCCGACUCUGUGAAGAACUUUUUCCGUGGCAGCAAGCGCUGGUCGUCCCGUUCAGACUCACCAGAGAAAAACACUACCUCUGGUGGUGUGCCAUGCUCUCCUCCAAACUCCUGCCCCCCUUCUCCGGGUCCGCCUGGGUCAUACCUUGACCCUUACGGUGGGUCCGGAGGUAGUUACACUUCCCAGAAAGAACGCGAGGCCAUGUUGUUGGGGGAGCCGGUGGAGUCGGUGUCUGGGGUGUCCGGGCGCUCGGCCAUGACCUACAGCGAGCGCGUGGAGGACUACCACCAGCGCUACGCCUACAUGAAGUCCUGGGCUGGGCUGCUGCGCAUCCUGGCCUGCGUGGAGCUGCUGCUCGGGGCGGCCGUCUUCGCCUGCGUCUGCGCCUACGUGCACAAGGACAACGAGUGGUUCAACAUGUUCGGCUACUCCCAGCCCGGCAUGGGCAUCGGGGGAAUGGGUGGUGGCGCCAUGGGAGGCAUGUAUGGAGGUGGGAGCCAGUACACGGGGCCCAAGACUCCCUUCGUCCUUGUGGUCGCCGGCUUGGCGUGGGUGGUGACGGUCAUCAUGCUGGUGCUGGGCAUGACCAUGUACUACCGCACCAUCCUGCUGGACUCCAGCUGGUGGCCCCUCACGGAGUGCAUCAUCAAUUUUGCAUUGAGCAUGCUGUACAUGGCCGGUGGCAUCGUCUAUGUGAGAGACACUACCCGGGGGGGCCUCUGCAACUACCACGUGUUCAACAAUGGCCCCAAUGCAGCCUUUUGCCGCACCGAAGCGGGCCAAACCGCAGCCGUGAUCUUCCUCUUUGUUAACAUGGUGGUGUAUCUGGUGGGCUCUGCCGUUUGCGUGAAGCUAUGGAGGCACGAGGCGGCCCGAAUGCGUCGUGAGGCAUUAGCGCAUGAGAUGAAGACGACUGCAUCAUUGCCAUUUGGAUUGACCGGCCCAGGCUCCAGUGUUUCUGAACCAGUGAGGCAGGCUAUGCUGUCGGUCCAGCCUGAUGGCCGAUCGCUGUCUCCCGCACCCACAAUAGAGCCGGAGAUCAUCCGGGGUCACAUUCCAGCCGGACACAUUCCCAAACCUGUGAUCAUUCCAGAUUAUGUGGCGAAAUACCCCCCUAUUUACUCCGAUGAGGAGCGUGAUAACUAUAAGGCAGUGUUCAAUGACCAGUACGCAGAGUACAAGGAGCUACACGCUGAGGUUGAGGUCCUGAUCAAGAAGUUUGAUGAGAUGGACAACAUGAUGCAGAACAUCCGUCCUACCAGCCAAAUGGAGAAGGAGCGUGUCGACGCAGUCAUACAGGAGUAUCAGAGGAAAAAGAUGGAUCCAACGUUCUUGGAGAAAAAAGAGAGGUGUGAAUAUCUCAAGAGCAAGCUGGCUCACAUCAAGCAGAAAAUAUAUGAAUAUGAACAACAGGGCCACCGGAACCGAUCGCAGCACACCUACACUUACGAUGAGAAGCUCCUGCACUUUUACCGCUGGACUUCCCCACCUGGUGUGAUGAAGAUCAUGUCCAUCAUCAUCAUCAUCAUGUGUGUGGCUGUGUUUGCCUGUGUGGCCUCCACGCUGGCCUGGGACUAUGACAUGUCUUCCAUGGGGAUGGGAGGCCUUGGGAUGGGGGGCCUUGGAGGUGGGAUUGGAGGAGGGGGCUACGGUGGGGGUGUUGGCAGCGGAGGCUCUUAUGGCGGGGGGGGUUUUGGUGGGGGAGCAGGCACAGGAAGCUAUGGUGGCUAUGGUGGGGGUGGGUACAUGGAUCCCAAGUCGGGCAAGGGCUUCAUCAUCGCGAUAGCAGCCAUCACCUUCAUCGCUGUGCUCAUCAUCUUCAUCCUGGUCGUGUCACGCCAGAGCACCUCCCGCGCACCCAACUUCUACUUGGGGGCCAUCAUCGUCUCGGCCAUCCUGGCUCUUCUGAUGCUCAUUGCCACCAUCGUCUACCUGGUGGCUGUUAACCCGCGGGCCCAGUCGUCGGGGUCCAUGAUGUACAGCCAGGUCCUAAUGAUGUGUGCCCAGUUCCAGAACCAAGGGCAGGCGUCGGGCGCCCUCCUCAUUAACCAGUACCUGUACCAUUACUGUGUGGUGGAGCCGCAGGAGGCCGUUGCUAUUGUUCUCGGUUUUCUCAUAGUCGUGGGCCUCAUCAUCCUGCUGGUGUUUGCGGUGAGGACUCGCGGGCAGAUCCGCAGAUAUGGCAGAGACCGCGUCCUGUGGGAGGAGGUCAAGAUGCUCCGGGAUGUGGGACCCCAGAGUGUUGGGGAGUGGGUGACGAGUGUAUCGGGCGAACCAAACGCUCUGGUGAAUGACUACAAUGACCGCGUCGGUGGUUCUAUAAACUUCCUGGAUGAAGGCCUGAAUAAGGAGAGACCCAUAUACCUCCCAGGGAGCUCUGACAUUACAAGCUCCUUGGGCGGCCUGAAGAGCAAGCUGAAGGGCAGUGACAUGGGAACAGAGUCUGCUGAUGAACUGGACGACCUUGACUUGGACAGUGAGUUCCCUCCUAUUGUCACAGAGGAGCAGAGGCUGGACUACAAGCGUGCGUUUGAUAGGGACCACAUGGAGUACAAGCGGAUUCAAGCGGAGAUCGACGAUGUUAACCUGGGAGUGACCGAGGUGGACAGAGAGCUGGACAGACUGCAGGAGGGCAGCCCACAAUUCCUGGAUGCCAUGGAUGAAUACAACAGACUGAAGAACCUAAAGAGGUCAGCAGAAUACCAAAUGAAGAAGAAGAGGAGCAAGUACCUGAAGGCUACGCUGUCCCACUUAAAGAGGAGGGUCAGCCAGUAUGAUCACAGACCAUGAAGACUUCUGACCUUUGACCUUUUACUUGUCGUCCAUGCCUGUUCUGUGCUCAGGCCUUUUAGUAUUUCUUGUGUUGAGUGUUUCUUUUGAGAUUAGGAGCCAGACAAGUCAAAUUGUGUAGCUGUGUUUUUAACUAUUCUCAUGUGUGUGCAAGUGCUGUGCGGCAGUCUGUGAAGGCACAAAAGCAAUGUGAUGAAGUUACUGCAGCACUAGUAGAAUACGAGUUCCUCUACCAUGAAUGUAUAUAAAUCUCAUUAUUCUUUUCUUAUUCUUAAUUAAUACGGCAUUAUUUGAGCACUUUUUAAAGCUUUUACUCAAAUCCAAGAUUGAGCCUCAAAACAAAAUGAAGUUAUAACCUUUUUUGUGAGUUUCCUCUUUUUUUUUUUAGGAAGAUGUAGGCUAAUUUUUUGACUUGAUCUGUAUUGAUAUUUACAUUGCUUUGUGUCACUCUUUUAAUGAAUUUAUAGACAAAUACUGUGGUAUGUGUACUUGCAUUUAACAGAUCAUUAUUCUCAGGUAAUCAAAUCAGCACCAUAGGCUAUUACAGCUGUAUUUACUUCUCAUUGUGCCAGAUAUCAAGGGAUUAACUGUACAGUGUGUUUUAUAUUUUGUAAAUAUGCAUUUUGAAUAAAACAUGAUUUCUGGAUUACACAAA